GGAAGAAACGUUGCUUCCGGGUCCAGACGCGCGAAAAAGAAAACAAGCCGAGCGUUUCUUUCUUUUCGUUUUCUGCGAGUGACAAGAGACUGACUGGCCCAACACAGCGGUUUUUAUCAGUGGAAGGACAAUUGCAGAACCAAAGCUCAUGCAUCCACUCGGCUGAAGUGUCUGAGCAAAUCACCGUGGGUGCAAUAAAGGUUAAAUUGAAGUGUCUGAUCAGCAUUUGAGGAUGAGCAAGUGGGGGGACCGACUGAAGAAGGUUGAGCAGCUUGCUCAUUCCUUCCAGCUGAAUCCUCUGACGACACGCUACAAACCUCGACUGUGGCCGUGUCAGCCGUCCUCCAUCUGGAAGCUCUUCCCUCGGCAGAGUCUGGCUAUCAGCUUCGCUCAGAGCUGCAAAGAGGCUGUACAUGUUUUUGCACUUGAGAAAGAAAAGACGUCGCCGGGUCAAAGGAUCUACCUGGUCACUAGUUACAGUGAGCUGUGGCAUUACUACAGGACUUACACUGAGUCCUUGAUGCACUGCUAUGAGGUGAUACCUGAGGGUGCCGUCUGUAAGCUUUACUUUGACCUGGAGUUCCACAAGCCUUCAAACAAAGGAUCUGAUGGGAAAAACAUGGUGUCUUUGUUUAUCCAGUAUGUGUGUGACAAGUUGUUGGAAGUUUAUGGGAUUGAAUGCUCGGCGAAAAAUGUCCUCAAUCUUGACUCCAGCACAGACGACAAAUUCAGUCGACAUCUUAUCUUCAGCCUCCAGAAUGCAGCUUUUAAAGACAACAUACAUGUCGGUAGGUUCAUCCAUGCAAUUCUUCAGCCUGUCCUGAACAAAGCCAGAGGUGGAAGUUGCGUGAAUACUGGGAUUAAUCUAGUGGCAGAACACAAAGAUCUGGGAGGAACACAUGCUAUAUCUGAGGGGAAACCAGGAGAAGCAGGCCGGAUGACUGGGAGUCCACAGACGAAGAGACGUAGGCAGGAAGAGAGGGACCUCAGCUUCCUCUGGGUGAAAAACAAGGAUUGCAAAGACGGUCUCUUUGUUGAUCUCGGUGUCUACACCAAGAACAGAAAUUUCCGACUUUACAAAUCAUCAAAAGUGGGGAAGAACGCUGCGUUCACUGUGGCAGAAGACAACAAGUUCACAGCCAAACCUCCGAAGGGAGUUUCGGCAGAGGAAAGCGUCUUCUUGGCGUCCUUAGUGUGUAAUGUGAGUUUCACAGGUCAGAGAGUUCUUACGUGGGACGUCCCAGAAACAAAUGAAACCAAAACCUCGACGCCUCAUUGCCAGCAGGGAUCAGCUUCCAAUCCAGAUGCGCUGUCUGGCUGCGUGUCGUCCCCUCAUCAAGAAGUGGACACCUUUGUAUUAACGGUGGUCACAAAGGACGGCAUACAAGGAAGCAUAAGACGAUGGAGCUACUUUGCUGCAGAACAACUUCUCGUCUAUGACGUCGCCAAAUACCGCUGGUGUGAAAAUGUUGGCAGGUUUCAUAAAAGUAACAACAUCAUGAUUGUUGUGGAUUUGAAAGAGGAAGUGUGGUACCAGAAGUGUCACGAUCCCGACUGCAGGAACUUCAGGUCCUCAAGUUACCCACUGCCACAAGAGAUCUGCGUGAGCUACAUCAUGACACUGGAUGAGGAAGACCAGGCAUAUUUAAUGGAUGACGCUGGCAACAUUGAACCCAGCCAGAUAUCAAACCAGGGCCACCAGAGCACAGUGCGUCCAGUGGAAGAGACUCCUGACUUGUGGGGAGAUAAUCAGGAUGACCAGGACUACUUGGAGAGUCUCGACGACUUCGAACAAAACAGCGGUGAGAUCUCGGACCAGCAGCUGCUCACAUGUGUGGCAGAUUUUGACUCCCAGUAGAGACUGAGGUUUGUUACUUGGCCGCACAGCAUCAAAUAUAUCGGUAAGACGUAACGGCAUCCUAUUCAGCAUUUUAAA